AUGGCCUCGACUGCUACCACCGUCCCCACCCAGGAGCAGGUUCUCGUCCCCGAGACCCUCCUCAAGAAGCGCAAGAGCCAGGAGCAGGCUCGCGCUGUCUCCCGUGAGGAGGCUCAGAAGAAGAAGGAGGCCAACAAGCAGAAGCGCUCCGUCAUCUUCAAGCGCGCCGAGUCCUACGUCAAGGAGUACCGCGAUGCUGAGCGUGAGAAGAUCCGUCUUGGCCGUGUCGCUCGCCAGGAGGGCAACUUCCAGGUUGCUGACGAGCCCAAGCUUGUCUUCGUUGUCCGUAUCAAGGGUAUCAACAAGAUCCCUCCUCAGCCUCGCAAGAUCCUUCAGCUCCUCCGUCUGAUCCAGAUCAACAACGGCACUUUCGUCCGUCUCACCAAGGCUACCCAGGAGAUGCUUACCAUCAUCAACCCCUACGUUGCCUACGGUUACCCCAACCUCAAGUCCGUCCGUGAGCUCGUCUACAAGCGCGGUUACGGAAAGGUCGACAAGCAGCGCACUCCCCUCACCGACAACCAGAUCAUCGAGGAGCACCUCGGCAAGUUCGGCAUUGUCUGCAUGGAGGAUCUGAUCCACGAGAUCUACACCGUCGGCCCCAACUUCAAGCAGGCCAACAACUUCCUCUGGCCCUUCAAGCUCUCCAACCCCACUGGUGGCUUCCGCUCCCGCAAGUUCAAGCACUACAUCCAGGGUGGUGACACUGGUAACCGUGAGGAGAACAUCAACGCUCUCAUCCGCCAGAUGAACUAG